GGAGCCGGAGCGGGACGCCACCUUCUAGGGCGAGCCGCCCGGCAGAGAGCAGAGCAACGCCCAGCCCGCCGCGCUCCGCAAGGUGCUUUGCUUCCUAAAGAUGGGAAGGAAACUGGAUCUCUCCAAACUGACAGAUGAAGAAGCCAAACAUGUUUGGGAAGUGAUUCACCGGGACUUUGACCUACGCAAAAAAGAGGAAGAACGUUUGGAGGAAUUGAAAGGCAAGAUUGAAAAAGAAAGCACCAAGCGAGAACUAUUGUCCAGCCAGUCCCACCUCAACGAUACACACUGCAUCCAUUGUCUGCAGCCCUUCAGGUUCCUGGUGAACAGCAAGUGCUGCUGCUUGAACUGCCACUUAUACACCUGCAAAAACUGCAGCCUUUACAAUAAAAAGGAGCAAGGAUGGGUGUGUGACCCAUGCCGCUUAUCCAGAAUUGUGAAGACUGGAUCUCUGGAUUGGUACUAUGAACACGUGAGAUCCCGGUUCAAACGCUUUGGAAGCGCUAAGGUGAUGCGGUCUCUCUAUGGGAGGAUGGCGCGUGGACAGAGAACGAAUCCUGCUUUGCUCGAUACCGGCAGGGGGCUUGGACUUCAUGACAGAGUUUACAGCUUGCCGGACAUCCGCAGUGAUUAUCAGCUCCAUGGAAAUUAUAGGGGCAGCAAUCAUGAGGAGGAAGAAGAGUCCAAUGAUGUCCUUGAUAGCGCAACGGCCGAGUGUUAUGCAAGGAUGCGCAAGACGAAGCGCCUGCUGUCUGUCCACCCUUUUGACUUCGAAAUGGACUCUGAGUAUUCUGCUCAGUCGCGACGUCAGUCUGUGCAGCUCUCACCGGGACCCUACAGCGAAGGCCUUCAGACCUUCGCAGAAUUUCCCGGUGAUGAAGAAGACACUUCUUGGAAGGAGUCAAUGGUAGCAGAAGCAGACCUGGCCGCCGUGUUCCACCGUAUCCUGGAGGAAGAGGGACAACACACAGCCCCUCCAAAGCAUGAGUUCAGCACAGAGGUUCAACUUGCAGUGAACUCACGUACUAAAAGUCUAGAAAGAACCCCCAAGCCUGGCAAGCCAUGGAAUGAGCAGCAGCGAUCCCCGUAUUCUGCUGACAUGGACACUUCUGAUGAAGAUACGAAGGGAGCCCCAAAAUACCUAGCCCACCAGCUGCAUCACCCAAAACGCAGGAGCCGGGCUUCAUCCCAGGAGACCAUAAAUCCCUCUGGAAAUCAGAUAUUGGAACUCAACAAACGCAUGUCAGCUAUUGAACGCUUGCUGAACCGUCUUGAGGAAAAAAUCCUGGUUCACCCUGAAGAGCUUCCUAUUCCUGAAUCCCAAAAGGAUCCUAGCAUAGAGGAGAAAGAAUUGAAAAGGAAACUAGAAGAACUGGCAGGUAACAUCAGUGACAAAGGUGUUUCCUCUGAAGAAGAACAGGGGAAGAAAAAGGAAGAGCCCAAACCUGAAAUGAGUUCAUCUAGUGAUGACCCCCCUACUGGUGCAAUGAAGAUGUGUGUAACUAGUGGGAAAGCCUGCGGGCCAGAGAAGAAGCGUCCAGAUGACCGUGCGCCACACAGCGCCACCACUGACUCCGAACUGUCCGAGCUGGAAGACAGAGUGGCUUCGGCACUGGCUGAGGUGCAAUACACAGAGAGUGAGGUCUCUGAUAUAGAAACCCGAAUAGCAGCUCUGAGUGCUGCUGGACUGACUGUCAAACCAAUGGAAAAGGCCAAGAAGAAAUCGAGUACCCAGGUUUUCACUGUCUAUCUCCCCAGAGGUGCACAGAACUCUCUGGAGGAUCAUAGUUCUGACUCUACAGCAUCACCUGACAACUACAAAGUGAUGUCCAUGCCACACCUUUUGAGGAGAAAAUUUGCCUCUUCCUUUGAAAUUGCAAGCAAUGCUGAUUCUUUUGCACGGAACUCCUAUUACAGAGGGUCUCUGACGCAGCGCAACCCCAAUGGGAAAAACAGGAAAGCCGAUCACAUCUUUGCGAAGCCUGUGAUGACCCAUCGAUCGUGAAAGGUUCUUCUCUAGACCAGCAAGACACUUCCUCUUCAAGGCUUCACUCCUGGUUUUCUCCACUUCCCUUUCUUGCUUCCACCUCUGUCUUGAAACAGAGGAAAGAAACAUGUUAGUGCUGGAAGAAAUUUCUAAAGUAGCAUCUUCAUGAAA